AUGCCUGUGAAUGUCCUCCAACCCAUCUGCGCGCUUUCACUUCCUACAGCCUACAGACAUCAGCGCUCAGCACGACGGACUUCGAUUGGAGUCACCGCCACAACACUUAUAACAAUCCUCUACACCUACACCAGCCCUGCAUCUUGCGGAACCAGCAUUGUAUCCAUUUUUCUUCAUGGAGAUCAUGAAAAUUGGGACCCGCGGCUCCCUUUGCUCCUAGGAAGCAAACCAGACGCUAUCGUCGGUCUGAAUGCUGGGCUUACUAGUUACCCAGCUUGGCAAACAAUCCGCCGAACUUCAAAGAGAUGCAAUUCCCAGAUCAUUGCCCAUGCCCUCCCUCGCUUACACUCAGCAGGCAUGAAUGGCUCGGAGAUUUACAAUCUUAUGCGGCCCAAAGAAUACCCCAUCGCAUCUAAUCCAUUCCAGCGUCCUGGACAGAGAAACUUGGGCUCAGUGCGAUUGCCGAACGUACCGAACGGGUUUACAAUGAGAGUGGUUGGUGACGACGAGCAGGAGCCAAUCCACCCCGUAUCCGCUGGUGUCCCUGUACCAGUUCCAGACAUGAGCGAGCUGUUCCAGAAGACGGAGCAGUUUUCGCUGAACCGUUUGGAUUGA